AGUUGGUGCAGCAAGUCACCCCCAAGGCACGUACAAUGAUUCCGGACACAGUAAAGAAGGAACUACUGCAGAAAAUUAAAACUCUGCUGACGGAACACGAAGAGAAUCAUUAGCUGGACACGAUAAGGCUCAUCCUGGACUUCCUGGACAUAAAACUGCGCUAAAUGUGAUCUCCAUUUGAUUUAGAAAAACGGCCAAUAAAUUAACUUCCUGAUAAAAAAAAACUUUUUUUUUUAAAAAUUGAGUUUUGUGAUUUUAAAAGUUUCCGUUAUGUGGGUUCCGUUAAAAAUUGGAAUAUUUUCGUGAAUUCAGUCAGUGCAACAGAGUAUCCGGGAAGAAGAGAACCUGAUAUCCAGAAAGUGAAGAGAAAACUCACCCAAAUGGCUCAAAUGGAUGAAGAAUUUAACGGUAAAGUUGAGAAAAUUGGAGAAGAUUACUUCCGGAUGAUAUUCCACGUCCCUUCAGCAUUCUAUGGGCACAUCAUUGGACAAGGAGGAGCAACAUUGAGGCUCAUGGAGGAGGAUACACGAACCAUAAUUAGGUUGCCAAAACCCGGAACGGAUGAUAUGAUUACUGUGAAGGGACGACGUGUGGAGUAUCUUGAGGCUGCCAGGAAUAAGAUUUACGACAUUGUGGAUACCUACAGAACACGAGGUAUGACCCACUUCUUCUCCAUUAACUGCGCCACAGAAGCAGUGAAAGAAGCAUACGGGAAGUUCAAAGAAGCUGUCCAGGAAGCAUAUUCCCCUGAAGGUCUUCCAGAGAUUUAUUUCCAAAAACUUGAAAAGUUGCACAUUACCUUAUCUGGAAUGCUUCUAAAUAAUGACCAAGAUCGCCAAAUGGCCGUUGAUCUCCUUCAUGGAGAAGAGGAAGCAAUCCGAAAGAUCAUGGAGAAAUUCCCUGGGAAGGCACAUAUAAAAAUCCAAGGCCUGAUGACCAUGAAUGAUAAUCCAGAGAAAGCUAAAGUUCUCUAUGCACGAAUUCAUUCGGAAGCUCUCGAAGAAAUUGCAGAACAUCUGGACAGGUUAAACAGGAAGAGUGGAUUAUAUACUGGAAGCAUUAGGAAGACCACUGUGCAACUCCACAUGACCCUAAUGAAUGUUGCCUACGACAAAGAUGACAAUGGGAGAUUCAAGAAGGGAAAUACCAUCAACGCGAAGAAAAUUCUCGAGGAUUUUGGGGAUUAUUCUUUCGGGGAAGUUCCUCUAACGGAGAUUCAUCUUUCCCAGAGGAAAUCCUACGAUGACGAAGGGUACUACACUGCAUUCACUAAACUAUUUGUAUAAAGUCCUUAAAAACUUCCUAUUUUCGUUCUUUUGUGAUUUGUCUCAAUUCAAGACAUUCAAGAUUUUAAUGAAAUUGUAAUUAAAAUGAAUUUCUUGGGUA